AUGGACGUCCCUAGAUCGAUGUCGUCCGAACCGUCGCGUGCGCGGCACUCUACGGACGAGGAUAGCGAUCACAUGGAGAUGGACGGGGAGGUCAGCGCGUCCAAAUUUAGAAAAGACCUCCUAAAGUGGAAGAAGAAUCGGAGCAACUUAGGCAUCGGGGGAAGCGCUAAGGAGCACGGGUCCGAAAGCAUGGUAGGCGCGGGAGGCGGCGCGAACUUAAGUUACGGCGACGAGGGGUUUACGUGGAAGACAUGGCGCCUGUCGCGGCAGCUUGGUUUCACGUCGCAGGAUGUGAACACGGUGAAGGAGUUUCUAAAGCACCGCGAGGCCUGGAGCACGCUCGAGGAUAGCCCCUCAAAUCGCUUCUACGUCUUCGAGUACAUGCAGAACGUUCGCGCCAACCAUCCCAACAUACUCAAGGAAUUUCGCGAGGCGCUCUUCACGCACAAUCUCACGGAGGACGAUUUGAACCAGGAGAAGCGCGAGACGCUGCAGCUGCUCGCGCUCAUGUUCUGCGACAAGGAGGGCCUGUGGCGCCUGCGCAAGCAACAACUCCUCGAGAUCAUCGUCUCUGCCUCGCGUUCCGCCCACGGCGCAACAGGCGGAGAAGGCGGAGGCGGGACGGGGGCGGAAGGAGGCCCCGGGGGCGUCUAUGACAACCAGAGCUCGAGCUUUCUAGAGCGAGAUAAGGAGUUGCUGCGCGCGUUUCUGUCCAACCCGCAGCAGUGGGACUCGCUCCUGGCUCGCACGCCCAUGCACGCGCGGUUCCUGGCGACGGUUCGCGAGCUUCGCGAGGCGCAGCGCGACGAGCUGCGACGGCUGCGCGACGUGAUCAUGGGGCAGAAGCAGGCGCUGGACGUGGAGGAUAUUCACGGGCUGGGCCUGGGCGUGCUGCAGGUGCUUGCCUCUGUUCUCUGCGACUCUAUCAAAGUCACCUCCACCAGCAGAGAAGACCUCGUUACAGUGUGCCUCGCUAUGGGCCCGUGGCACCCCACGGCUGGGGACGAUAUGGACGAUCACCAUGCAGGAGGCGGCAUGGGUUCCCCUGGCAUGGGCGGCAUGGGUGGGAUGGUUGCAGCAGGGGGGCCUAAGAAAGAGCUAGAGAAGCUUAAGAUGGACGUUCAGGUUAUGGAAGAGAAAAGCCGCAUGCGAGGGGAGGGGUCUGGCGGGAAUUAUGCUUCAGGAGGAGGGGCCCCAGCAGGCGCGGAUAUGGAUACGAUCUGGGCGAAUCUGAAUCUGAAUAAGAAUGAGGAUCCGAUGCAGAAGCAGCGGCCGUCGACAGGCGUUCCGUCGAGGCGGUCGCGGGGUAUGGAGUUUGUUAAGACUAACAGCGAUCACUUAGACGUUCGGAGCCCUGGGUCCACUGCUUCAAUGAGCUUUCGGGAUGAGGAUGGGGACGGGGAGAAGAAGAAGAGCAGCAAGGAGAAGAAGGAGAAGAAAGAGAAGAAGGAGAAGAGCAAGCGGAGGUCGUCGGCUGUGGAUUCGGCGUCCGGGCAGGAUAUGAGCGAAGGGGAGAUGUCCUGCACGAGCAGAAGCUCGAGGGCUAGUGCCAAGCCGCGGCGGUCCCGGAAGGAACAUCAGCCAGCGCAGGUGGCCGAGGAAGGUGGGGAUGGAAUGGGAGGUUCGGACUCGCAUCUGCCGCCCCUCGCGCCGAACCACGUGGGAGGCUCGGCGCUUGGGAGGUUAUCGGUAGGGUCGUCGGAGCUGGGAGGGACUGAUCUUUCUAUUGUGGAGUCUGGUUCGGGAAGCAUGGUGGAAGGAUCGUUGGAAGGGGAGCAGGACGAGGAGUUGGAAGAGGUGAUGAGGCUUGAACAGGAGGCGCUGCUGCGAUUCUCCCAGGGGACGAAGCAGCUGGAGAAGCAGAUUAAGGAGGACCGGAAGCAGGCAGACGCGGCUAUGUCGCGGCUGAAUGCGGCUAAGGAAAAGCUUGUGGCGGCUCAGAGAGCAGUGGAAGAGGAGGAGAGGAGGGUUGCGGAGGCGGACGAGAGAUUCAAAGGUUCGGUCAUGGCAAUGGAAGACGGGAAGGAGCUGAUGGAAGAGGCUUGUCUGGUGGUGAAGAGCAAGGCUGGGGAGUGCCGUGCUGCGUGGAAGAAGCACCUAGAUGUGACAAACCGGCUGACGUCUGCUCUGCAGAUGGGCACGCCUGGUGCGAGGAAAUCGGCCAACCGGCAGCGGCAGGAGGAUUUCGAGCUCGCGGCUAAGACGCACGAGGAGUUUGUGAGGCUGUAUGAGGAGUUGGAGGCGCUGUGCAAGCCGAGCCUGCAGCAGGCGAUUACAAGGCUCGCGAGUUGUGCCUUAAGGAUGGAUGAUGCGGACUUGGGGAAGGCUGUGCCGAUGGAAAGCCAUGUGCUUUCAUCAAAGGCGACAUGGUCAGCCAUGACUCCGUCGCAUGGGGCUCCCCGGCUGCCUCCAUCGUCGUUGCCUCACUGUCAGCUCGCCACUCGUCAGCUCCCUCCUCUCCUUCCGCCGCCACACCCGCGCGCUUUCAUCACCACUGAUCACCACCCGUAUUCCUGGUCCGAGCCACCUACGUCGUCGUUGGCGAACCGUCCAAUAUUUCGAGCAUCUGUCUCCUUUCGCGGAGCUCGAGCAGGUUCGGUUCCGUCCGUCCCGCCGUCUUCGACGGGUUGCUCCGCGAGCGCCGGUGUUCCUUGGAGCAGGAGUGGCGAGAGGAGGGAUAACGGUCAUCAGCAAUCCUUUUCUUCUUCGCCGGCAGAUUCUGUUUCCGCGUUGAGGUCUCCACUCUUGGCGAUUUCGAAGCAUCCGCAACAUCCACAAGCGUGUCAAGUGCUCGAGCGGCAUGCAGUUCAGCACCGAAGUAUUCCCUGUCAGAACCAGGAACAACAUCAGCAUGGCGUGGAUUCUGAGGAGAAGGCCACUCUGAAGGCCAAGCCUCAUCAAGGAACCAGUUCCGGAAUUCACACGGAGAGAACGGAGAACACGGAGAGCAUGGAUGUGAAGAAGCUAGGAGCGGUAGUGGAAUCCGAGCUGGUGGUGGAGGAGGUGGAGAUUCUGGAGUUCUCCAACGACGACAUUGCAGGCCCCAUUAACCACAAGCCGCUGACCGUGCCUCAGGACGCGUCCCUGGACGUGGUGCACGAGGACUUGCUGCCUCCUGCCGCUCUCUGCAUGGGUGCCCUCGACUUCCCGUACGACUGGUCGACCUUCUCAGCCCAGGACUUGCAACCUGAGCAACCCGAAACUCAUGCCUCCGCGAAAGGAGAGCUCCUCACAAUCGCCUCUCUGGAGUCCCUCCAGGAGGAGGCUGUCGGCAGCCCAGUCUCAGUCCUGCGGCGCCAGGGCACGUCGCCAAGCUCGGCAACCUCCAAGCCUCUCGCAGUCUUCCAGUCGAGCAGCAAUCUUCUCUCAGGCAACACUCGCGACGAUCUCCACUUUGGAGAAGCGGGGGGCCUGCCUGGCCGGGUGCUUCUGUACUCGGACUUCGGCCAAGAGGACGGGGUUGGAGAUGAUUUCAGCGGCGUGAUGGAGGACGAUGAGAUGUGGGCGUCGCUCGGCUCUCCCGAAGCUCCCCACGGCUGGCUGGCCGCUGCUUGCCUUGCCACCUGCUGGCCCAAGGCGCCGCGGUCGAAGAGGCGCCGGGUUUCCUUCGAGGCCUCUUGCGCUGAUGCUAGUGCUGUGUCUGCUUCCGUUGGUGCUGCUGCGAGCGAUGAGAGCAAGGGCCGGGACGGCUCUGAGGUGUUCACUGUGGCCGAUUCUGCCAAUUCGGACGGCCCCCACGCAGCUGCUAUCCGCAGAGCUCUCUCGUCUGACACCCUGUCAGCAGUCACUGCUCCUCUGUCGUCUGCAUCUGCAUCAGCAGCAGCGGCAGCAGCAGCGACUUCCUGGGUCCAGCCGCGCACAGCCUUCCUGCAGGCCCUUCUGGAGGAUGUGAGGAGGCCAAGGCGCGUGCGUGCUGCCUCCUUCCGGUUCGGAAUGAUGGAGGAAAGCCACGACAUGGCGACCAGCGAUGCCCCUGCUGGGCAUGCUCGUGGCCUGGCUCGCACACCGAAGACCAAGAGAGACGCGACAACAGCGUUUGGUGGCACCACGGCACUGGGCGUGCUUCACCUGGUGCCUGGUUCCUCCAGCAGUGGGAGUCCUUACACCUCGGAGUAUGCAGAGAUGUGGAAUUCACCCUCAAGUUCCGGCUCCCCUGGCUGGUCGGAAGCAGCUGCUGGUGCUGAUGGUUCUCCUGUUGCCACUGCAGUUUUCGGUUCUGGUUCUGGUUCUGGUUGGUCCAGGACGAAUAGCACCAGCAGUCUUGAGAGCUUCUCGGGAACUCCGAACACUGGUUUCGCCCCGAACGUGAUUCCAGCUGCGGCAGUUGUCGCCAGUAAUGUGAGCAAUGGCGUUCGCCGGUGUGUGCACUGCAAGUCCACCAAGACCCCGCAGUGGAGGAUGGGUCCUGCAGGGCCCAAGACCCUCUGCAAUGCAUGCGGCGUGCGGUUCAAGAAGGGGAAGCUGUGUCCCGAGUACCGGCCGGCUAACAGCCCGGAGUACGAGGAGAGCAAGCACUCGAACCAGCACCGCAAGAUACUGGCCAUGCGCAGCAACAUGGCUGCUGCCGCCAGCUGA